UGUCUGACAUAUGUAAACUUUAACAUGUUAAAAUAAACUAUUGACAGUCGUAACAUAGCAAUUACAAUUCAUUUAUCUCUGACAGGUUUAUUGAUUUCUGUUUAAUUUUAUUGCGAAAUCAAGACAUGCCAGUUUCAAAAUGCCUUUGAUAAUAAAUGGUAUAUUAAUAGAAGAAUUGCCCCCAGAUACAAGAACUCUUUUUGAAACUUAUCCUCAUUUAAAGGAUGUUGCUGCUGCUCUUAUAGCUCAAGUUCCUAAAGUAAUAGGUCCUGUUGGUCUUUUAUAUGUCCAUCAACGAGAAUAUGCUGUUACUACGCCUCAUGAUAAGCAUAUCACAGUGGUGGGCACUGAAGAUACUACAACAUGUAGCAUGGUUGUUUUAAGACAUUCUGGCUCCGGUGUAUCUUGUGUUGCACAUUUUGAUGGCUCUGGUCUUGAACAAGGUGUCAUCAAUAUGGUUAGACAUGUACAGGAUCUCUCUAUGAAUGUGCCUGAAGGAAGGUUAGAACUUCACAUGAUAGGAGGUUUUCUUGAUCCUAGACAUUACUCUGAAGAACUUGCAAUACAACUUCUUUAUGCAUUUCAUAAGCAGCCUUUGAGUAUUCAUUUAGUUACUGCAUGUAUUUGUGAAUUAAAUAACUCCUUACGAGGAAAUAUUAACUGGCCAGUAAUUUAUGGAAUUGGUCUGAAUAUUAAAAGUGGAGAAAUAUUCCCUGCAACAUUUCCAGACAAAGGCCCAGACUUUCCUUUACGUUGUGCUAGAUAUUUUACUGGAUGUUAUGAAAUGCUUGAUAUAUAUGAUUGCCAUCUAGGGAUGUUGAGAAUUGGACCUUAUAAUUAUGAGCCACUUAGAGGUGUUGACUUAUGGUUGUCUCAAAGUGAUGAUUUUAUUCUGCAGCAUUUGUCAACAUCUCCUGAAGUGGAACCUCCAAGUUUUGUGGUUCAAGUUCGAGCAACAUUGAAAUAUAUUCAACAAAAUCCGUUCCCUGGUAUUACUGUUUUUCCUGAUAAUCGUCCUCAUUUUUAUCAAAAAGAUGAAACUGGUAACUGGGUCAGAGUUUGUUAUUAAAAGCUGAUAUCCAAUUGAUAAAAACUAUACACAAUAUUGGAGUUGAGACCUUUUAGAAAUAUAGAUGCAGGACAUUUUGCAAUGUGCCAGUAAAAGGUCACACAAUAAUGUGUAAUAAUGUAAAGUUCCUGAGAGGUUAUUGAAAUAUGAUAUCAAAGUUUUUAUUGUUCUUAAAUUUGGUUGUUUUAAUUGGGAACUGAUGAUGAGCCUUGAGAACAAUUUUCUUUCAUUUUCUGUGGUGAUGGACCAAUAAGUUAUUUUAUUUGAGGCAGUUAAUCUCAAUGAUAAUGUGCAAGUCUGCCAAACAUAUGUAUAUGCAAAAAGAGAUUUUAUCAAACUAUGCAAUUUUUGAGGUACUUUUAAUAAAAUGGCAGCAUUGUUUAUUGGCCAGUAUACUAUCAGACUGUUGUUAUUUCUUUGUGUGUUCUUUGUUUUAAAAAAAAUUGUGGUGGUAUGUUUUAUUACAUUGUUUAUUACUUAGCAGCAUUUGCAUAAAUUUACAAAAAAAUAAUAUAUAAUCAUAACUGGUUCAAAGCUAUAUACUAUUUUAAAGUUUAAUGAAUGACUUAAUGCAUUUUAUUCUGCAUAUUAGUUUUUUUUCCAGUAAAGUCACCCCCUGCCCCCCUUUUUUUCAUUCUGCCAGUAAUCAAUUGAAAAUAUUUUUUUAUAAAUAAAAUUAUUACUAAGGCUUUGUUUUUAUAGAGAACAUACCAUUUAAAAUUCCUUUUUUAAAUCCAAUCAAAUGAAAUUUUUUUUAUUAAAUUGCUUGCUAUAUCCCCAUCUCAUGUGUUUAAAAAUUGCAGAUGUUUUAUAUCUAAAUUAAUUAGUAUAAUGAUAUUUCAUUAUAGACAUGUUUAAACGUUCUAAGAAAAAGAUUAAAAAUGCUGAUUUAUUUUCGUAACUUUUAUAUUAAAGUUUACUAUUGACUUUUUUUCUCUAUUUUACAACAAUAAUAGUUAUUUAAUAAGAAGCUUAAGUAUCAGACUGUUAAGUUGAUACUUAAUAGUAUAAAUAUUUAAAUAUAAGUUGAUUAUUUAAAUGUCAAGAAAUGAGAAGAAGAAAAAAAGCUAGGAAAAAUUGCUUUCAAUUUGAACUAUGCAUAUAUAAUUGUUAUUUAUAUAAUCAGAGUUGAAAAUGUGAUCAAUAUUUCUUUGAAAGUUGUAAUCAGUGCAAAAAUUUGUUGCAAAUUGUUUACGUUUUUGAAUAUUUAUAUUUAUACUUGUUGUAUAAUGAGUUUAAAGGGCACUUUUUAAAAUAUUCACAUUUUUUUUUUUCAUUUUAUGAAUUUUGGAAUACUUUAGACAAAGAAUUGAUUCAAAUGGUUGAAAUGCUUUUGUGAUGACUAUAUUUUAUGCUCUGUUUCAUUGCUAUAUAUAGUUUUUGUUCUAAAAUCAAAUGCAAGAUUAUGGCUACUUUACUAUUAGGAAAAUAAAACUGUGCAUGUUUAUAGAAUUUUAGCUCUGAAAUUCAUGUGCAUGAGUAAUUUUCAUUUGUAGUAAGUAAAGCCUUUGUCCCUUUUAGUUUUCUGUUUUUCAAAAUUAGGCAAGACUAAAGGGUUGUAUAUAUAGAAAAUAGUAUAAUUUUAACCUAGAAUGUUAGCAAUCUUGAUACAAUGAAAUUUUUAUAAAAUAAUUAGGAAUACUGUAAAUUGAAAUAAAAGCAUAAAUAUUCAAAAUGUGAAUUUGCUAUUCCAUGCACAUUUAUUGUAAUUUCAUUCAAUUCUUCAGAUGGAGAGUACACAUCUAUAUUCCAUUCUCCAUUCCGUUUUUAUGGAUUUAAGCAUCAUGUGUGCCAUUUCUUUGUUUAAUUUAAAUUAUGUAAAAUUUAUUUCAUUCCAUAUUGAUAAAAAAGAAAGGAAUUCAGUUAAUAAGUAAGGUAGUUAAAUAAGGAAUAAUAUAUAAAAUGAUUUACCUUUUUAAAUGCAGUUUUCUAAAAAAUUAGUUUUUCCCUAUUCAGUAUUGUUUUAUUGAAAAUUAACUCUGGUGGACUGAGAAAGGCUAAAAAAAUUGUAUAUAAGUUGAAUUCAAAUUGCCUAGUUCAUUUAUAGGAUAUUUGUGUCUUUUCAUUUAAUUUUUAAGAAAUGUAUAUUUUAUUUUUUCUUAAUUUCAGUGAAAUUAAUUUUUUUGCAAUUGUUAUUGGAGUUUAUUUCCUCACCCCCUCUCUCUUUACAUUCUGGCUUUUUUUAAAAAAAGAAUUGUGUGCCCUUUCUUCUUAUAUUUUAUAUAUUGAAAUUCAUAAUUUAAUAUAAAAUGUUGCUAUAUGCGUUAAUUUAAAGUAUUAAGAAUAAUGAAAUGUUCUUGCUUCAGAAAACAAUUUUGAAAACUUGGCUUUAAAUAAUU